CACAAUCCAAACUCGACGUUCGCGACAUCCCCCGCACAAUUCAACUCUACCUGCUCAUUGGAAAUUACACAAAAACAAACGGAUACGCGAUGGCACUCCUCGGCACGAUUGCUGGUUUCUCAUUAUUCGGUCUUGCAGCGCGUUUCGGGCAGCUCGCAAUAAAGAAGAGAAAUCUCAUGGAGAACCUCGGCGGACAUGCACUGUCAAUGGCCGCUUUUGGUUACGUUGGAUAUUGGGCAUAUCAGUGGGACGAACGUGCGGCGGUUAUGCUUGCGCAGAAGCGUGCGGAGAUUACUGAACGGAGAGAACGGAAGUUGGCGCAAGCUGCGUAAUUUAUUAAGAUUUUGGUGUGGAGGUUGAUCGUGACGUAUGAGGGAUACCAGCUUCGUUUAUGGAGUGUACUGUGCAUAUUAGGUAUCUUUCGACACUGCGCUGGAUGUUAGACCUUGUGGUUAUUAAGC